AUUACUCUGAAGGAUGCUUUGCAAGGCCUUGAGAACAGGCGGGUCAAAUUGAUUAGACCGUUGAUACCCCCGCAGAUUCUGCAGGAAGACCUCCCAUUGACGCUCUCCGCCGCGGAGACCGUACUCGAGGGACGCAGAGCGACUGAAGCUGUCCUGAGAGGCGAUGAUGAUCGGCUGAUGGUUGUAGUAGGGCCUUGCUCGGUGAACAAUGUCGACGCUGCUAUCGAAUAUGCCCACAAGCUGCGUGCCUAUGCGGAGAAAGCGAAGGAAGACUUGCAUAUUGUCAUGCGUGUCUACUUUGAGAAGCCCCGCACGACCGUCGGGUGGAAGGGUCUUAUCAACGACCCCGACAUGAACGGAUCCUUCCGCAUCAACAAGGGUCUCCGUCUUGCCCGUUCGCUGCUCCUCGAUAUCGCGAAACUCGGCCUUCCCGCCGGUUGCGAAUUCCUGGAUACCAUUAGCCCGCAGUACACCGCAGAUCUGGUCAGCUGGGGUGCGAUCGGGGCGCGCACAACUGAGAGUCAGGUGCACCGGGAAUUGACGAGCGCGCUGAGUAUGCCCACGGGCUUCAAGAAUUCGACGGAUGGCUCGGUGGGGAUUGCCGUCGACGCUUGCCGGGCUGCUCGGAGCGGACACGUCUUCCUGAGUGUGGGCAAGGAGGGCCUGAGCAGUAUUGUCGAGACCGAGGGUAACCCGGACGUUCAUGUCAUCCUCCGAGGUGGAUCCAAGGGGCCGAACUACGCUGCGGAAUACGUUCGCGAUUGCGGCGAGAAGCUGGCGAAAGCUGGUUUGCCUCAGAAAAUCAUGGCAAGUAGGGUUGACUGUAGUCACGGCAACAGCCAGAAACAACAUCGGAAGCAGGCUGACGCCGCUGAGGACAUCGCCCGCCAAGUAGAGUCUGGUGGCGACACGGCCAACAUGAUCAUGGGGGUCAUGCUCGAAUCCAACCUUGUGGAAGGCCGGCAAGACAUUCCUCCUUCGGGCCCUGCCGGUCUCACGUACGGCCAGUCGGUGACGGAUGCAUGUCUGUCCUGGGAGCAGACGGUCCCAAUCUUGGACCGACUGCGGGAGGCAGUAAAGGGUCGUCGAAACGCUGUUUACAGGAAAUCCAGGGGCUUGCCAACUGAGGCCAACGGGCAUGCCAAUGGAGCGAACGGCAAAGAGGCAUAA